UGUUGUGGGCGCGCGCGGCUCAAACACUCGACACACACCGCAACAUGUACGCGUAUCUCGCGCUCGCUGUUGUGCUAGCAGCGUCCACGUUUGCUGUUCCUACACCGAAUCCACGCGAUCGUUUGGGCUACGAGAGAGAAAUAGACACCAGAUACAACCAAGUUCCAAAGCUCCUAGACUAUGUACUCAAUGAGGAAUAUUUAAAUGCACAGAAGAACAAAGCUAAGCUCGUAACUAAACUAAGACCGGAGGAAGCCGUGGUAGCUGACAAUGUUAUUUUAGAAUCGAACGUAGUAAAGAUCAUAAAGCCUGUCAGGAAAUUAGAAAGCGGUGAGCUCGUGAGACAGAGACGAGGAUAUAAUCUCGAAAACGUGAUAGUGCCCGCUAGAUACCCUUAUCUCCCUGUGGUGCGUUAUAACCGUUUCCGCCGAUGGGGCUAGUGGCCGCGAGCCGCCGCCGGGCCACUAAAUGUCAAGGCUACGUGAAGCUAAUCAACAGCGGAACGGGUCGUACCUCGAGCGCAUCUCUAGCGCAUAAGCAUGGCUAGGCGCUUGGACUUUAUGGAUAAUUAUAUGAAGUGGCUGUGAUCGAAUGCGCAAGUUAUACCGUUAGUGUGACAGCAUUUUACAGGCUACGAUUGAUACACAAGACUAUUGUUAGCAUAAUGUAGUUAAAUUUUAUAUUACCUUAAGAUGUG